AGCCUCAUUCUCCCUCCGCCUGGUCUCCUUCCUUCCUUCCUUCCUUCCUUCCUUGGGGCGCCUCCUGUGUCCCGGAGGGAGGGAGGGCUCCUUGGCUAAGGCUGAGGCUGCCUUGCUCUGAGCCUGGCCCUGCGGCAGAUAGCUGGAUUACAGAGUGUGAUCCAAAAUUUUAAGACCAGCCAAGAGAGUGGAGCAGUGAAAGAUGAGCAGCGAAGCUCAAUAUACAAGAUGCAGAGGGCCAUCAAAGUGAAGCAAGAGGGCCUGAAAAUGUCCGCGUGCAGUGAUUUUGUGGAACACAUCUGGAAGCCUGGCUCCUGCAAGAACUGCUUCUGCCCCAGAAACUUCCAUCAGCUGCAGACUUCGGCCUCACCUCUUGAACUAGGAGGUACCUUUGGUCUCAUACAGGAUCUGAAUGGAAUCAGAGCUAAUGUCGAGAGUAUGCCUCUGGAAGAUGACAGCAUAAUUUCCUUGCCUUAUUCAAAGCCAACAAUUGCUGUUAAACCGACAAUGAUAAACUCAGAUGUCGCUGAUGUGUGGGUGGACGGGAACCUGAAUGCAGAUAACCCACAGGUUACCAAGAGGACAGCAACCAGAAAGCAAGCCUUGAUGAAAUCAGGAGAAGAACAAAGUGCCUGCAUUGAAAACUACAGCAAAAGCAUCCUAAGGAAGCCUGUCAUUGAGAAUGCUCCAAAUGACUGUAAUUCAUACAGUCUUCAAGUUCCUUCACUGAUGGGUCUGUCUGGUCUUGAAGGCAGAUCAGAUAGAAGUAUCUCCCUCAGGAAUAUGACAAUUCUAAGUGAUACUGGUAUACAGGAGGAUAGUGUUGAAAAGCCCAGCAAGGAGAAGUUGGCAUUGCCAUAUUUAGGUCUCUGUCACAAGUCAUCCAUUUUUAGUGACCAAUGUCUUGGUUCCACCUUGGACUCUGAAAAAUACUCUUCCAACCACCAAAGAGGAGAGGUAUCAUUUUCAGAGAAGGGCAGUAUAUCCCGUUCCUCUGACAUAGAAAGUGAAGGUGGAGAGUAUUGCUCCAUUGUAAACUAUUGUGGAGAGCCUCCCACUCACCAGGGCUUGAACAAUACUAAAACCAAAGUUGCAUGGCUUGAAAAUGAAAACCCUGCUUCAACAUUUCAGGGGCAGGAAGCUGCAGUGAAUGGAAGAAGCAGAUCAACAGGGGUCAGUUUCAGUGAUGGGGGAAACAAGCCAUUGAAUUCAGAUACAGAUUUCCAAAGGGAGAAACAUCAUUCACAUAAUCAUGUAUAUAACCACGUAUGCUCAGAAACAGACAAAUCAGCAUUUCCUCCAGAUACUGUAUUAAAAAGCAGGAGCCCCCUUGGUUUAUCCCAGGGAAAAUAUUCCUUUGGUCUGGUCAGAGAACUGGAACAAACUGAUGGCAAAAAUAUAGAAAAUGUAAGUAAUUCUGUACAGCAAGAACUUUCCUUUCAAGUGGACCGGCAGAAUGAGCCAAUCUAUGCGGAGAGUACUAAAAGGAAAAAGGUGCAGCUAAAUAAUUCCAGCACAUGUGCAAGGAGUGAUUCCUUGGCAUACAGUCCAUGUAAUGAUGAGGAGGACAGUCUUUGGAGCGAAAAGGCCCUCCACUCAAGCUGUGGAAGGGAGUUUCAAGAUUCUGCUACUCAAGUAGCCGCAACUAUUACCAUUAGGGCAGAAGACGACAACAGGACGAUCUUCCUUAGCAGCCCAGACUCAGCUGUUGGGGUUCAAUGGCCAUGCAUUAGCCCCACUUCUAAUCCAGAGAGUGGGAAGGCAUCAUCUUUCUUUGAGCACAGAGAGUUUCCUCAAGCAAGCAGUGAGAUGACUUCAAGGGGAAAUGGCUCAACUAUUCAUUCUCAAAUAACUUGCAAGAAAAUAGUCGGAGAGACCCCUGCUGUUCCUCCAAAGUUGUCCAAAGGGCUCUCAUCUUGGAGUGAAGGGUCUCUCAUCUCUUCAGUCAGUCCCACUGCAGAAACCUCUGAUAGCAAAGACCAUGAGGAUCUUGAUGUUCCAAGGCAUGGUGGAAGCAGUCCUAUCUUUGGGCCUUCAUCCUCCUUGUGUUCUCAUGUGGACAGAAUCUCUUCAGAGGAGUCCAGCAGAGCACCAGUGUCCUCCAGUGCUGAGAGAAGACAGAAAUACUACAAUCUGGCUUGGAGCAAGCAGUGCAGGAUAGAGGAAGAAGAGGAAGAAGAACAUGGACUCCAGAAAAAUGCUCAAAAGGUGGAAAUGGAGAAUGGGGCAACCAGUCCUUCAAGUACUUCUGAUUGCUAUCAAGGGGAGAAGUUCUCUGUCCAAGACAAUAAGCCUACAGGAAUGAGCAAAUCAGCAUCUUUUGCCUUUGAGUUCCCCAAAGAAAAGAAUGGAAUUGAAUUCAUGCCACCUCCUCCACCUCCAAAAAAACAAUCCAGGCAUUUCCUGAGAAUGAACCAAAGUCAAUCUGAAUUUGAAAAGCUCAACAGUGAUUCCGUGGAAAACCUCGCUCCCCCUUGUCAAGGGAUCCAUGUCACUUUCACAGCCGGCUCCACUGACAGUUUGAAUUUGGAAACAAAUGCAUUCACCAAUGGAGGACAGUCAUGCAAGAUGAGCCUUCGUUCACCCACCCGUACAGGGAAGCAGGUCUUUCCUUUGGUGCAUUUCUCUGCAUCUCCCAGCAAAGACAGGACACCCUGUAAAGACUUACAGCCGCCUCCUCUGCCACAGAAAAAAACAGUCAGCAGAGCUGUUUCAUCGCCUGAUGGCUUUUACUGGGGACCAGCCUCUCCAGCAAGAGCAGCCAUCCCUACAAGCCCCAAGCUGAAUUUCAGCCAGUCAGAAAGUAAUGUCUCCACCCAUGAAGAGUCUUCAUUUGGCUCAAACUUGGGUGUUAACCACCGAACAUUUUCCUCUUCUGAGUCCUUGGAGAAAGCUUUCAAAGGAUCUGCUUUCCCAUUUCCAUGUUCUGGUAAGAACAGCAAUACCUGCAGCAGCCAAAACAAAAACUUGCCCCUGCGUUCAUCCUCCCAGCACAGUAUGUCCACCCAAGUUUCCUCCAGUUCCAGCCUCCAGCUGCACAACCUCCUCAGCAACAUUGACAACAAGGAAGGGGUGUACACCAAGUUGGGGGGUCUCUACGCAGAAUCCUUGCGCCGCCUGGUUUCAAAAUGUGAAGACUGUUUUAUGCAUGACCAGAAGAGUGAGCUGCAUUUUAGUGAGAACAACUGGUCGCUCUUCAAACUGACGUGUAACAAACCUUGCUGUGAUUCAGGGGAUGCCAUAUAUUACUGCGCAACCUGUUCCAAGGAUCCCUUGAGCACCUAUGCAGUGAAGAUAUGUAAGUCACAAGACACAAAAGCUGCCAUUUCCUGCUGCAGCCCUUCUGUUCCUGUUCACUUCAACAUCCAGCAGGACUGUGGCCAUUUUGUGGCCUCUGUGCCCUCCAGUAUGCUGAAAAAUGCUCCCAUCGAGGGCCAGUACCCUUCCCAUGCUGCCACUGAGCAAGACUGUGUGGUCGUCAUUACUCGAGAAGUGCCACACCAGACUGCUGCCGACUUUGUGAGGGAAGGCAGGGCUUUCCAUCAAGCAAAGCCAGAACUGUAUGAGCGGCGGGUUUGUUUCCUGCUCCUGCAGCUCUGCAAUGGGCUGGAGCACCUGAAAGAGUACAGUGUUAUCCACCGAGAUCUUUGCCUCGAGAACCUGCUUCUGGUGCACUGCAGGCCUUCUCUCAGCGGCUGCAACAAAACCAAAGAAGACAAGCACUUGCCGAGGCUCAUCAUCAGCAACUUUUUGAAAGCCAAGCAGAAGCCAGCUGUGACCGAGUCGAAAGGGAAGAAGAACCAGGCCCGUCUGGCUCCUGAGAUUGUUUCUGCCUCCCAAUACAAAAAGUUUGAUGAAUUCCAAACAGGCAUCCUCAUCUAUGAGCUGCUCCACCAGCCCAACCCCUUUGAAGUGAGGGCCCACCUCCGGGAACAGGAGUACAGUCAGGAUGACCUCCCUCCACUCCCCAAUCUUUCCAUUUAUUCCCGGGGACUCCAGCAACUCGCUCACUUGCUGCUUGAGGCCGACCCCAUCAAACGCAUCCGCAUUGGGGAGGCCAAGCGGAUACUGCAGUGUCUGCUUUGGGGUCCCCGGAAAGACCUGACAGAUCAGCCUCUGAACCAUGAGGAAGCCCUCCACAGGGCUCUUCACAACUGGAUUGACAUGAAACGGGCAUUGCUGAUGAUGAAGUUUGCAGAGCGGGCUGUGGAUGCAGAGCGUAGAAUUGACCUGGAGGAUUGGCUCUGUUGUCAGUACUUAGCCUCUGCAGAUCCAUUGUCUCUGCCUAGGUCACUGAACCUUCUUCAGCUACUUUGAUUUCCAUGAUGUUUUUCAAGUGUGGUGUCCAUGACGUUAUGAGAAAUUCUGUAAGGAAUUCCCAUUGUGCUAUGGUAUUUGAGAAAGACAGACCAUGUUACAUAGCCAGACACACUCAAAAUGAUCAGACCUGAUGGAUGUUUCAUGAUACAUGUUAUUGUGUUGUAAAAUUAUAAAUAGUGUACCUGGGACUGCCACCAAGUGUAUUGUUUUCUGGGUAACCCUUGCAAGCCAUUUUGUCUCAUGUGUGUUUUUCCUAAUAUUAAUUUUGUUCUGGCAAGGCUUUAUUUUAUUAUUCUUGUGGUGAAUAUGUCCAUUUUUGGAACUGUAAAAUACUUGACAGUUGAAAAAAAGCACAGUGUUAUUUUCCUGUACCGUCUCCUAAAAAACAACAAGCCAACUCCACCUCAGCCUGGCAGAUGCAGAUAGCAGGAGGCAGUGCUACUAACCCACCCCGACUCCAUCAUAGCUUUGCUUGCCUGGGCCUUUCCUUUCUCUCCUGUUCCAACUCUAUCAUGCCUCUUUCAGUCGCUGCCUAUUCAGGAUACAUGGAUUCAUGGAAGGAUAAGAUCUUGUAAAUCAAAAUAGAUACAGCAAGACAAUUUGGGGCUUUGAAGUCUUGGGAGUUAGCUUCAGCAGUGUCUCUCAAGCUCAUGUUAAGCAAAUCUUUUCUCUGAAUGCGCCCACCCCAUUGAAAAAGACUUCCUAUUAAACCAGCAUCUUAAACCUGCAA